AUGAGUACCACUAAGGAGAGUGAUAUCCUGCUGUUGUCGGAUUCCAAUAGUACUCCAAUGGAGAGAAAACCGAGCAGCGGAAGCUACCAUACACCCAGAGGAGAGUUUUUUGAGAAGAGGGAGACCAACUUAGACGGAACUAAGAAAGUGACCUACAUUCUGCAGACUUCUGGUGUACAUAAUGAUCACAUUAGUGGAUCUGGUGAUGAAACAACCUCCUCAACUGACAGUCACUGCCACAGUAAUGUUAAGAAAGGAGGCUUUGACAAGAAAGCCAGGACUCGGCUUAUCCUGGCUAGUGUCCUGUGUUUGAUGUUUAUGAUCGGAGAGAUGGUUGGUGGUCUGCUGGCCCACAGUUUAGCCAUCAUAUCUGAUGCAGCUCACUUGCUGACCGACUUUGCCAGUUUUAUGAUCAGCCUGUUGGCCUUGUAUUUAGCCCACCGACCUGCCACCAAGAAGCUGAGUUUUGGCUGGUACAGAAUAGAAAUACUGGGAGCCUUUGUCUCUAUUCUCAUGUUGUGGGUCCUAACUGGUAUACUGGUGUACUCUGCUGUGCUGCGCAUUAUGGAUGAUAACUUUGAGAUAGAUGCCAGCAUAAUGUUGAUAACUGCUGGCACUGGAGUUGCAUUCAAUGUAGUACUUGGAGUGACCCUACACCAGCAUGCACAUAGCCACGGAGGAGGCCACGGACAUUCCCACGGAGGUUCGGAUCAUUCCCACAACAAACAGAAAACGGAAAAACAGGCAGGGGAACGAGCUAAUCUCAUCUCGUCUGCUUCUGAUGGGGAAGAGGAGGGAGGUCAUGGGCAUGACCCUGAGCACAGGUCAUCCAACAUCAAUGUCAAGGCUGCAUUUAUUCAUGUCCUUGGUGACCUGUUUCAGAGUGUGGGUGUGUUGGUCGCUGCUUUCAUUAUCUAUUAUAAGCCUGAGUGGAAGAUAGCUGAUCCUAUUUGUACAUUCCUGUUUUCCCUCUUUGUGCUGAUAACAACAAUCACAAUUAUGAGGGACAUUUUGGUGGUUCUUAUGGAAGGUACUCCAAGGGGUAUUAAUUUGUCUGAAGUGAGGAACACAUUUUUUGAAAUCGACGGAGUACUGGACAUUCAUAAUCUCAGGGUCUGGUCACUGACCAUGGAUAAAAUUGCCUUGUCUGUUCAUUUGGCUAUUG